CGGAUUUUUUAAAUUCGCCUUUAAUACACCAUGGCCUCCCUCCGCUCCACGUCGCGAUUGUUCGCUGCGUCGCGGCCCCUGUUCCGCCCCGCCACCUUUGCUCGCUCCUAUGCGACUGUCGAGUCGACUCCCAAGAAUGUCGACCCCAUCCCCUCCGAGAACCCCAACAUGAAGACUUUCAAGGUCUACCGCUGGAACCCGGACAAGCCGAGCGAGAAGCCCAACAUGGAGAGCUACCAGCUGGACCUCAACAAGACCGGUCCCAUGAUGCUGGACGCUCUUAUCCGGAUAAAGAACGAGAUUGACCCGACCCUGACCUUCCGCCGAUCCUGCCGUGAGGGUAUUUGCGGUUCCUGCGCCAUGAACAUUGACGGUGUCAACACCCUGGCCUGCUUGUGCCGUAUCCCCACCGACACCGCCAAGGAGUCUCGCAUCUACCCCCUGCCUCACACCUACGUCGUCAAGGACCUCGUUCCCGAUUUGACCCUCUUCUACAAGCAAUACAAGUCGAUCAAGCCCUACCUCCAGCGUGAUACCCCCACAGAAGACGGUCUUGAAAACCGCCAAAGUCCCGAGGACCGCAAGAAGCUCGACGGCCUGUACGAGUGCAUUCUCUGCGCCUGCUGCUCCACCUCCUGCCCUUCAUACUGGUGGAACAGCGAGGAGUACCUGGGCCCCGCUAUUCUCCUCCAGUCGUACCGCUGGUUGGCUGACUCGCGUGAUGAGCGCACCGCCGAGCGCAAGGCCGCUCUCGACAACAGCAUGAGCGUCUACCGCUGCCACACCAUUCUCAACUGCACACGGACCUGCCCCAAGGGUCUGAACCCCGGUCUCGCCAUCGCCGAGACCAAGAAGAUGCUGGCCGCAUAAACGGGGAUAUAAAAACGGAGUUGGGAUCUUUUUUUCCUUUCCAAUGUCUUGCCAGCCGCUUUUCUUCUGUUUUUUUAACUUUACUUUUUUUUUCCGACCCUAUCACGGAUGUUUUCAUAGGUGUAAAUUGUGGACAUUUGUUUCUUUACAGGAAUGUACUGGUGGUCCAAUUGAUUGAAAUAUUCAAACUGGAAUCUAAAACUUAUUCGGCUAUAUGCCUCGCUAUUAGGGGAGAAUUGUCUCCAUCUUCCAU